AUUUAGUGAUUAACUGUUGGCCUUUCAAAGAUUAAUUACAAUCAAGGUUAAGAGAUCAAGUAAAUCAGGUAAGAACUUGAUUCUUGUUGUUGACCAGAAAAUCAGUUUAACUUGUUCACUUGAAGAAUCAACUUGAUCCAAGUGUAUCCAUCUUUCUAUUGGGUUUGUAAUUUUCUCCAUUUUCUUGAUUAACCGUCGCCAUUUUAAUUCUAUUCGGAUAAUUGUUCCAUCCUUGAAGAUGGACAAACAAAAAUUAUCCAACUUAAGACCGAAUGUCCUUCAGAAGAUUGAAAAAGCGCUGAGUGAUAUUUCUUAUAGAAAUGCAAUUGAAAAUUCAGCUAAAUAUAAUAAUCGAUUGGUUGUUGAUCGGAAAACACGUUUACCUUUUAUUGAUUCUCAAACUGGUGUAGCUCAACGAGAUUGUUACCUUUGGAUGCAGAGAUGGCAACGGAUGCCUGGAACAACCUAUGGACAAUUGUACACGUACCCAGCCCAUAAAUGGAAGAAAAGAAGACGAGGUUAUCUAUUCCGUGAGAAUUACUAUUCAAGAAGUCAAGCGAUUAAUGAGAACUCGGGUGACAUUCAAGAGAUAAGCAAAGGAAAUGGUUCCGAAAUGAUAUCAAUGAAAAAUGAUUUGACAACAACAACGAGUACAACAGGAACAUCAAUGGCCGGAGGAGCGACUGGAGGAGUGACAGGAGGAGGAACAACAACAUCAACAUCGGAAUUGAAUCAAAAUAGUUCAGAUAAAUUUGUUGAAAACUCGAAAGAUGCUUGGAUGUAUGCUGAAUAUGAGGAUAGUAUUGAUUUGAUGGAAGAAGAUUUUGAUGAUCCAGUUUCAGAUGGAGAUGAUUAUGAUGAAUACUCAACAAAACGGAAGAAAAGAAGAUCACGGCGGAAAAAAGGAGAAUCAGGAGAAAACGACAAACCUUAUGCUUGUGAUCUUUGUGAUGCUCGAUACAAAACACGACCUGGACUCACUUAUCAUUAUGCUCAUAACCAUCAGAAUGAUGGAGAUAAACGUUCCAAAAGCUCAACACCAAUGUCGAUGGUAGAUGAAGAUAGUCGCUCAUCAACACGUAACAACAAUUCAACUACAACGGGUAACAAUCAAUCUGGAAAUGGUCCAUUUACAAAUAAAGAUUCAAACAAUAAACCCUUGGCCACUCCUAAUCCUUAUUGUGAUUUUUGUCUCGUUGAUGAAAAUGAGAAGAGUAAAAUUCAAGAGAAAAUGGUUUCUUGUUCUGAUUGCGGCCGUUCAGCUCAUCCAUCUUGUCUUCAAUUUACCCCACAAAUGAUCAUCUCUGUGGCUAAAUAUCGAUGGCAGUGCAUUGAGUGUAAAUCCUGUGGAAUCUGUGGAACCUCAGAUAAUGAUGAACAACUUUUAUUCUGUGACGAUUGUGAUCGAGGUUAUCAUAUGUACUGUUUAACACCACCGAUUUCGGAACCACCGGAAGGAUCUUGGAGUUGUCACCUUUGUAUCGAACAGUAUCAUAAGCCGAAAGGUCAAAAAGAAUCAUCGGGAAAAAACGAAGAAGAAGAAAAAAUGACCGAAAAAGAAAAGCAAGAAAAACCAAGAACCGAAGAAAUCGACAAACAAACUGUAAAAAACGAAACAAACGGAAAGGAAACACCGACGAAAUAUGAGAAUCUCAAAUUAGUCGAAGAUGUAAAUUGCGAGAAAUCUAAACUGAUUGAUCAUGGAAAACAAUUGACCGACAAAAAGACAACAUUAAAUCAAAGUGACAAAGAGAAAAAGAUUGACAAACCAAUACCAAUAAUCGAAGAGAAACUGAAAAGUAUUUUGGAAGAGAAAAAGAGAGAAAAUGAAUCAAAGUGUUGAGAUAAUUUAUCGAACAUUAAUUAGGAAUCAAUUAAUCACAACUUAUUGGCUCUUUCUCUCAAAAGGAUAUUUAUUAAAAUCGCUAAUUAAUCCCUUGGAAAUUUCAUCAAGGAUACUCAAAACGCUGCCAUACAAAGACAACAAUUUGUAAUCAGUAAUCAAAACAAUCAAUUAAUUUCUACUUUUCUACUAAUUGCCAAACCUUUUCAUGUCCCCUAAUCACUAAUCACUAAUCACUAUCUCCUAAUCCAAAAGAGAUAAUAUUUGUAAAUACAUUUUUCUAUUUUGUUAAUUAUUUUUUUUUCUCCUGUAGAAUCUUCAAUUCUUAUAAUAUACUCAUUUAAUGUAAGGUUUUGUUUUGUUUUAACCGAAAUCUAUAAUCUCUAAAAUCCCCCUAAUCAAUUAAUCAACGCAACGCACAAUUGAAUUGCUCAAACAUUCACCAAUAACAAUAACAAAGCCAAUUGGAAAAACAAGAAAAGGAACCAAAGGCAAAAGAUAAUCAAUUAAAUCCCACAACAAGUAACAAUAACAACGAGGGAAAAACAAUCAACACAUUCUCUUGAGAAUUAAUAAUCACAAUAAUUACAAUUUAAUUUGUUUAACCAGAAAGACAAAACAUGUAAUGGGUUAACAAAGAUGGAAACGGAAACACAACCACAAGGAGAUAAUGAAGAAGGAAAAACAAGAAGAGAAAAUCAACUUUCUCUCUCUCUCCUCUCUCCCUUUCUCAGAAUAAGAUUAACAUUUUGAGAUUAUUAUGAUGAUUAAUUUGGUUUAUCCUUUAACCACAUCACCAUUGCGAAAGUAAAACCUGUUAAAGCUUUCAGAUUAUAUAAACUCUGUCUUGAUGAUAACAAUUGAA